AUGCUGAAACUGAAGCAGAAGUUUGACCUGCAGGACGACGUGGUGUUUGACAUCCUCAGGAAAGAGGCGACCGUCUGCAGAGUGAAAGAAUACUCUGAAGCUGUGGACACUCGUAUCCUGAAUGCUGAAAGCGAUGGCAGCAUCCUUUACUCUUGGAAGGGAUCAACGGGCACCACCAGGAUCGGGAAAUAUGACUCGAACACCAAACAGAACAAGCUCCUCUACACGUUCGACAAGCAGGUGUGUGUCAGCAGCUGCUCCCUGAACAAGGAGGAGACGCUGUUAGCUGUCAGCCUGGCGCAAAACACCGGAGGACAGGAGCGUCUCAAACCACUAUCAAAGUGUCUCACUCUCCUGAUUGAGAUCCAUCCCAUAAAGGACACUCAGGUCCUGAAGGCGGUGGACUGCAGGGUCAAAGUGCAGUUUCUUCAUCAAGAAACUGACAAGAGAUCAGUGCUGGAGAGCCAUUUGCUGCUGCUGACUGAAGAUGGAUAUGUGGAUCUGUACCACGUGCUGCUGUGCAAACAGGAAGGGUAUAGAGUGGUGAUGGCAAAUCCUGAGCGUUUGUCCAAAACAGCCGAGAGGAUCGUGGAGGAUUUCUGCUGGGCCCAGUGGGACGGACACGCGCAGAGACUCUACUACCUCACGCUCAAGGACAAGUUCCUGCUGCGGUGUGUUCAGUUUCACUCCAACCAUAACUUUGAGACUGCGUUGGAGCUGGCUUUAGCUUUGCCUGCCAAUUCUUUCCACGCCGUCAAAUUUGUAAAUCUGGGUUUUGACCACUAUAAGGUUGAAGAACCGGAGACUGAACCUGUAAGGAUGCAGGUGUUCACAAACCCAAUCGGAAGCCUGUGUGUUUGCUACAGCCAGCCGCUAAAAGACAAACAGGAGCUGAUCUACACCUUGGUUUUACUUCAUAAAGAUUGCAGCAAGAAGUUCAGAGUCUCUCUGGGCAGCGAAUCGUCAUCACAGAAAUCCUCCCAUUUCCACCCGUUCUUCAUCCCUAUAGGUUACUACAUCCUGGUGUAUCUGCAGGGUCACUUCCUCCACUGCAUCAACACCAGGCAGCAGGAGAUGCUCUGCCACUCCCUCUUCCUCUCCGGCGAUGAGGUGAACUUGGGCCUGCAGUGUGAGCCAGUGAACUUCACUGUGCUGCACACGGAGGACCAGUCUGGUGGUUGUCUGCUGGUGGGUGGAAGGAUUCACACGGCUAAGCUCAGCCCUGCGUACCUGCUGCAGAUCUUGCGAUCAGACUCCCGACCUAGGUAAAUGUGUUGUUUUCUUCUCUGUCCCAGCGUUAAGAGCGACCCGCAGCGCCUGGCCGCCCUCCACUGCCUGCUGGUUUACAUGGGAAGCGACCCAAUCCUGGAGCUGAAGAUAAUUGAAUGGCUGUGCGACAACGUGAACCCCUUUGAAUCUUUUGAUGAGAUUCAGGAGUUCAUUUUAGCCUCUUUGUACAGAAUAGUUCACGAGAAGUGUCUCAGCUUGGAUAAAGUUCUGCCUUACUCUUCGAUAUUUGCAAAGCAGGAGGUCCCAGAGUAUUUGUUAGAGGUCCCUGGUGUGAUUUGUACCACUGAGCUGCAUAUUCAGCCGGACUUUAAAGCAAAGCCCAGGGGUCCCCGAUGUUUUUGGUCAGAACUGCAGUGGAACACAGAGAAAACAAAACAUUUGGACGUUGUUCCAAACCCCAGAUACAGAACUACACAUAUUCAAGCCGACUGGGACAAACUGAGGUCCGAGAGAAGACCCUCCAGCCAAAUGACUCACAUGGAGGAGAACACAAAGAAAGUUCUUUCAAUGGUGGACACCUGGUGUCUUGAUAAGAAGCUGGUGCCACUUUUUCAGGAGGAAGACCAUCUUCAAAGAGAACUCAUAGGCCUGACAGUUGACAAGCUUCGAGAGCAUCUCAACAAGCAUCUGCCUCGACUGGGGAAGAAGAAGAUUGACUCACUGGUUGUCAACUACAUAGCCAAACUGUUGGAGCUGAUCAGACAUAUGCUGGAGUCAGUCUGGCUCAAGUACAAGCUUGGCCCUCGUGUUUUGUGCUUGAUGCAGAAGGCCAGCCCAGCGGAGUGGUCUGUAUUUCACUUCAUGCUUCGGAUCCUGCAGUCCACACGGGGUCUCUGCCUGCCCCUUCCUCCUGGCUAUCACACCCUGUUUGCUGUGUUUGCUGUUCGUUGCCUUCCUCAUCACACAUUUUUACAGUACAUUGACCACGGUUUCCUGCAGCUCACCGAAACCUUUGUGUCUCGUCUCAUGACAGACUUGGACAACAGCAAGACCAGUGAGAGGCUGAAGUUCAGCAUACUUAAGAGGCUUCCUCAGCCAAUGGAGCAGAGGAUUUGCCACAUGUGGGAUCAUCCCGUCAGUUCAGCUUCAAUCUCCAGAGAUUACGUCAAAACUCUGCUUGAGAAACAUAGCAAAAAUAAGGGAAGUCCAUUCACUGGGAGUGACAAGCCCAGCUUCAGGCACGAGUUUCUACCUCUUACCUACUUGGCAAAAACCCUAUCGACUAUUGAAGAACAAGCUCUGAACCCGUUCGUAGAGCAGGAGAAUGUGGACGCCAGGUUUGUGGAGGAGACGGCCCUGAUGCAGACGCUGAUCCAGCUGGGCUUUGAGGCCAAAUGAAGGAUGGGGGAAAAGAAAGGGGCGAAGGACGAGGGCUGGGAUGGAUGGAAGGAGAAAUUGCUUGAGGGAGAGAAAGGUUGCCUCUGACUGGGCCUUGAAGACGCAUAAGUGAUGGGCCGUCGGGGCG